AUCCAGAAGUGAGUUGAAUUUAUAUACACAGAAACUGCGUGAUUUGGAUGCAAACCGGUGAGAAAUAAAAAUACACGGUUCAGUUUAUUUUUCUCCCUUGAACUUAUCAUGAUGAGCUGCGGAGGGAUCGGAGAGGUGAAGGCGGCCACGGCGGAGGUGCAGCAGGUCGCCGAUCAGGUGAAGGAACACGCAGAGCAGAAAUCAGGAAAGAAAUAUGACGUUUUCGUCGUCAAGUCCUUCAAGACUCAAUGUGUGGCCGGGACGAACUACUUCAUCAAGGUCCAUGUAGGAGGAGACGACCACGUUCACCUGCGCGUCUUCAAAUCUCUCCCACAUGCCGGGGAAAAACUGGAGCUGCACAGCCUGCAGGAGGACAAGAAACAAGAAGAUGAGAUUGUCUAUUUCCAAUAGAGGCGCAUAACCAGGUGUGGUCUGCUACAACCACCUCAGUGCCUGCAGGUCCUAGUCUCUUGUGUCAAAAUGCAGUGUCUCUGUAUCCUGGUUCAUAAUACACAAAAAUCCUUGUAACAAAGUUAUAUGCAGUUUCCACUGCAGUAUAAACAUAGAUGGGGAUGUUUACGGGGUUGGGAGGAGGUUGAAUGAAUUGUUUUGUACAAGAUUAAUAAUAAAAAAAGAAUGCUUCAAAAUA